AUGCAGGCGGCAGCGCCAGGGCAGACGCUGUCGAGUGCCCUCAGAUUUUGGGCCGAUGUGUCUUAUGGCGAUGCACCGCCUGCAGCUCUGAUCGACUACCCGCCGCUGGGGUUCGAGGAAGACAGCAGCAGGCUCACCGUCGGGGCGCUGCAAGCAAGCAGAGAUGCCGCCGCCGCUGACAGCCGCCGGCAGCUGGGGCUCAAGACUCAGCGCGCUAGCGAGGAUGUAGAUGGGUCAGCGCAUCCGGCACUCUUGUUAGGCGUCAAGGAGGAGUCAUCAACACUGGCCGUUACCCGUGAGGAGCUCGAGGGGGAGGAGGGGCCUGCAUGGUUGCAGCCUCCGCUGCUCCUCCAGCUAGAUGAUGGGCUUGAGGACAGGCAGUUUGCAGCGGCCACCACCACCGGCCGCACGGCGCCUGUCCCCCACCUCCGCUACGACGGUGCUGGCCUGUUGGCAGUGAUGCACGUGCAUAGCUCGGGAAUCGCUUAUGUCGGCUACCCGCGCGCCUCCGACACGGUGUCGAGCGCCGAGCCCACGGACGGUCUUGUGCGACUGCCUGACAAUGUGCCACCGGCCGAUCCUUUGGCGGUGGCAGCACCGACGCCAGCGCCCAUCUGCUCGUUGCCCAUGAGCUCCUCUACCGGCUUCGUGCGCGGUCUUCUAGGCUUGAGCUGA